GGCUGGCGCGGCAAGUGGCAGCUCCUUAGGUCACGGCUUCCGCCGGCGCCAGUGGCCUAGCUCCCUGCGGCUGUCCUUGGUCGCACUUGGCACCAGGCUAAAGCCAAGAUGACCUUAUUUAAUCUUGUACGUGAGCACUGGGUUCAUAUACUUGUCCCUGCGGGAUUUCUCUUUGGAUGUUAUCUAGACAGGAAGGAUGAUGAAAAGCUAACUGCCUUCCGGAAUAAGAGUAUGCUCUUUCAAAGGGAACUGAGGCCCAAUGAAGAAGUUACUUGGAAGUAAAAGCUGAUUAAAUCACAGAAUGUUCAUGUUUUAAAAGUUAUUGGAGAAAUAAAGACGUUUAUUAUUUAAUUAGAAGAA